CCGCGGUGCAGGGAGCCGGGCCGGUGCCAGGGCCGCCGCCCGGCCGGGCCGCAGCCCCCACCGCCAUGGCCCGAGUCUCGGCGAUGAUCAGCCCGGUCCUGGUGCUCUUCGGCUGCGAUCUGUGUUUCGUGCGAGCCAACAGGCCACCGUCCCCUGUCAACGUGACUGUGACACAGCUGAAGGCAAACUCUGCCACAGUCUCCUGGGACGUACCAGAAGGAGACGUGGUCAUCGGCUACGCCAUUCUACAGCAGAGGCAGGAUGGGCAGAUGCAGCGCUUCAUCCGGGAGGUGAACACCACCAACCGUGCCUGUGUGCUGUGGGACCUGGCGGAGGACGCUGACUACAUCAUCCAGGUGCAGAGCAUUGGCCUGUAUGGGGAGAGCCAGGCUAGCAAGCGUGUCCACUUCCGCACCCUGAAGGAGACCGACCGCCUGCCUUCCAACAGCUCCAACCAAGGUGACAUCACCAUGGAAGGGCUGGACAAAGACCGGCAGCUGCAGACAGGCGAGAUUAUUAUCAUUGUGGCUGUGCUGCUCAUGUGGGCAGCGGUGAUCGCCCUGUUCUGCAGACAAUAUGAUAUCAUCAAGGAUAAUGACUCCAACAACAACAAGGAGAAGACAAAGCCGUCCUCAGAGCAUAGCACACCAGAGCGACCAAGCGGAGGGCUGCUGCGGAGCAAGAAGAAAUCUCCCUCGGUCAAUAUCAUCGAGGUGUAAGUGCAACACCAGCUCUGCCGUCUGGGAUCUUGGGUGUCCUGCCAGAGCCAAAGCAGGCCUUGGAAGAAGAGGCAGCACCAGGCAUGCGGCCUGGAACUCAGCAUGUGACGAUCCACGUAUCAGAACUCUCGCUUUCCUGAGGGCAUCUGUCUGGGGAUGUGCAUGGAGCCAGCUCCCAAGCUAUGCAUGCAGAGCAUGGCUCUGCCCAUCCCACACACCUGGCCCUCCUCCCCUCCCGGUGGGAAGCAUGAAGUUGAGGAUGGGUGGGGGGCCACACCACUGGCUAGGGUGGGAGGGAGCCAAGGGGAGCCAACGGGCUGAUGCAGUGGCCUGAGGGGAGGCCUUGUCCCUGUGCACCAGCUUGGCCACAGGCCUGGGUGCAGCUGUGGCACUGCACACCUGCCCUGCAUCAGGGGGCAGACCUUGCUCUCAGCUGCCUGUUUGGCCUUGGGUGUUGCUUGCAGAGGGCAGGAGCUGCUCCCCUCAGGGCGCCAGGGCUGAGGAAACAGGGCAGUGCAGGCAUUGCCCUUGCACUGCCAGGAGAGCUGUGGCCAGGUGGCAGGAGGCUUGGGUUCAGCCAACACGGGAUGAGUGGAUUGCUGCUGGAGAACAGGGCUCUACUGCACCCUGUCAUGGCCCCCUUGUCAGGGGCUUCAAAUUCUCUGUCUACAGACAGAGGACAAAGGCAGAGGACAAAGACACGAGGCACAAUGAGGAGCUGGUGCUGUCACAGUGCCUGGCCAGUGCACAAAGCCUGCAGCUGAGGCAGGGAGUGCUGGUGGAAGCUCCCACUGGGAAAGUGGACAGUGUCAGGGCAUGGCUGUGUCUCCGGUAGGGCUCAAUGCUGGCACGUUCAGGCUGUUUGAGGGAAGCUGCCAAGCACUUUUUGAGCAGCACUGUGCCUGUGCUGCCUGGAGGAGACAAUGUGGUGAGGCCCACAAGGUGUCAGUUGGAGGGAAUGGGGUGAAACAAGGAUGCUCCCUGCUGCCCUGGCUGCUGCUCUCCCUCCAUUCAGACAGGCUCUGCAGCCCUGGACUCAAGCAUCACAGGAUCCAGCGUCUUCCAGGAAUAAAUCUCCCAGUAAAAGCACUUUCAGGACUUUUCCUUCCAGGUGCUGCUCAGCUCCUGCUGCAGGACUAGGCGGGGAGGGGACAAGAUAAGCAACUCCUAUGGCAGGGUCUUUUCAAUAAAAACAUCCUGGCUCAAAGGCAGCAUCAGA